AUGGAAUCAGUAAUAACUCAAAACGGGGAGCGGAAAAGCAGUGAAGAAGGUAGUGAGCAGAAACCAACGUAUAGAGGAGUUCGAAGGCGUGAAUGGGGGAAAUGGGUAUCAGAAAUCAGAGAACCGAGAAAGAAGUCCAGAAUUUGGCUCGGAACUUUUGCUACAGCGGAAAUGGCUGCGCGAGCUCACGACGUCGCAGCUCUGACGAUCAAAGGCCGCUCGGCUCAUCUCAACUUCCCUGAGCUAGCUCAGGAGCUUCCUCGUGCCGCUAGCUCAUCGCCGAAAGACAUUCAAGCCGCUGCAGCUAAAGCUGCUGCUCUUAGUUACCCUAGCUGCAGCAGCACGGUCAGCAGCAGCAGCAGCAGCAGCAGCAGUCAUGAAGCUCAAGAACACUACGCCGAACCGGCUCAAGAUUCAUCACCUUCGGAAACAAUAAAUGAUGACACAUUUUUUGACCUUCCUGAUCUGCUGUUAGACGUUGGACAUUAUCGUAGUGAUGAUGCCUACUGUUUCUCGAUAGUUGAUACAAGUAUCAGUCUAGAAGAGCCUUUCUUAUGGGAUUAG